AUGUCUUUGGCCGCUCUCCGCCAGCGCGACCGUGAUGUAACGCCCACGCUGCACGACUGGGUGCAGCAACCCGACCUCUCUGCCCGUCUGGUACACAUCGGCUCGCAAUACCUGCACGGCAUCCAGGCCCCGGCGGCUGACAGCCUGGUGCUCGAACCAGAGUCCAUCAAGAGCGUCUCGUCCAUGGCGCCGGCUCUGAUCCACCAGUCCAAUGUCUCGACUCAUAGUCCCCCGUCGCUGCACUCGUGCUGCACCGAAGCCACGCCUACCGAGACGAGCGUUAGUACGGGCCUCGCCGGCCACCUUGCUGGGUACCCGCUGCUCGAAGAGGGACAUGAGGGCGUCCUUGAAAUGCCACAGGGCAUGACCCGCGCGCCAGUGUUCGAAUGUGCUUUUUGGUUCCUCGACUGCAAUUAUAUCUCGCACAACCAGGAGGAAUGGGAACGACAUUGCUUAUCGCAUUUCCGCGGCGAGGAACCCCCUUUGAAAGUGCAGUGUCCACUUUGUGACUGGACAGCUCGCGCAUGUGAGGGUGGAGGUCAUGCUGCUUGGGCUGCUCGCAUGCAUCAUGUUGCUUCGGCUCAUGUCAUGUAUGGCCAGACGCUGCGGACUAGUCGACCGGAUUUUGCCCUUUUCGAGUAUCUAUGGCAACGACGCUUGAUUGAUGCUGAGGAUCUGAAGGAGCUCAAGGCAGGAAAUCACAAUUUGACUCGUCCGCCGGGCAAUUUCGUCGAGAUGGGUGGUGCGAGGCGGGAAAGAGGUGGACGACCGCACCGGACGCAGCAUGUUAGGACGAUGCGACAGUCAUGA